CAGCCCCCAUCAGACUGUUGGCUAACGUCAAGUGAGGAGGACCCAAUUACAAACAUUGUGUGCACGGAUAUUUUUAAAACUACAAAAUGACUGCCAUCAUCUUGAAAUCUUUGGUGUUGCUGGCGAUUUGUGUCACUUUGAACGGGCAACGGAUAACGAUUAUGAGGCCGACGACUACGACGACCACCUUGACAGUUACGACAACGGCAAAGACCAAUUGCCUUAAGCCGACCGGCGUAGUCACGCCAUGCCGGAAACGUCGACAGUUCUGGGUAGAGGAACCAAUCAUCUUGAUGGCACCACCUGAACCCUUGUUCAUCCAACCCACCAACCCUUUCCGGGUGGAGCCGACUGCCGUGCCGAUGGAUUGGCUGAAGGGCGAUCAGUUCUAUUCCGGAUUGAAUGGAGGCGUUUACCUCCAUCCAUCCAUCCUGACACCUGCGAAUAAUUACCAGCACAUGAACUAUCUCAAUUUGGACAAUGUGUACCGGAACGAUCUCAUUCAAAGGCAGAGCACGCGGACGACUAAACGAACCAUCAUGUACACGAGGACGAGAACCGUCACGGAAAACGAAACGACCACCAAGACCAACGAAAUCGCCAUUUCCGGCUGCACUCCCAGUCCGCUGCCCUUCGAUAUCUGUGUCUAAUUGUUUGAUGUUUUGAUUAUUAUUUUCGCAACCAAUUGGAAUGAUAUCACCAUAGUUUUGCAAAAUUUCAAAUUUCUUUCCAAAAUUUUAUCCUAAAACAAAAUUAUUAUUAUUUGAGCUAAUAAAAAAUUAUUUU